AUGUUCUUCACCCUGGACAAAUCGAUCACUUCGCUCAUAUAUGAUUUAAAACUAGACGAGAAAAGUAGACCUCGUCCUAAGGCUGGGACAAUGUGGCCUACGGAUGUUGAUAGUGUUGUAAGAAGGUAUCAACCUACUUUGGAUAGUAUCACCGAGAGUGAGAAACCUAGUGCAUGUGCAUCGACCACAUACGAUACGAUGGCAGAGCAACAGCAUGGGGAAGCAGUGGAUGAGGAAGAAGCUUGGAGGGGGUUUUUAGAUGGAGUGGGAAUCGCUCAUAGUGUUGGUAUACUUUGA